AUGAAUCGUACUCUGGCUGAUUUUCAAGCGGCUCAGCAGCAACAAGCAGCUAUCAACGCGAUUCUUCUAAGGUCAAUGAAGCCUAGAACUUUCCAGAAUCUCAGAGGUGGGAGAACAAUGUCCUCUUCUUCGGUAAUUACACCAGAAGACGUGCUUGAAUCUCUUAUGAACGAUGGCACCAUCGAUGCCCUUCGAUUAAAGAUCAUCAAUCAACUCAAAGCCAAUGCGUUUGUGAAUCUUGUUCUUGCACUAUGCGAUCCUGGUGAUUCAGUUGUCAUGUUCCAGCCCUACUACUUCAAUGCCUACAUGGCCUUCCAGAUGACUGGUGUCACCAACAUCAUCGUUGGUCCUGGCCAUCCUGAUACUCUCUACCCCGGCGCAGAUUGGUUAGAGAAGACGCUCUCUGAGUCUAAGCCGACCCCAAAAGUUGUAACUGUUGUGAAUCCUGGUAACCCAAGCGGCACCUAUGUCCCUGAACCGCUUCUUAAGAGGAUUUCAAAGAUAUGCGAAGAUGCAGGGUGUUGGCUGAUUGUAGAUAACACAUACGAGUAUUUCAUGUAUGACGGUUUAAAACAUUGUUGCGUUGAGGGAGACAACAUAGUUAACGUCUUCUCCUUCUCCAAAACCUAUGGCAUGAUGGGUUGGAGGCUUGGAUAUAUGGCUUACUCACAGAGAUUAGAUGGGUUCGCGGCAGAGCUUUUGAAAAUUCAAGACAACAUCCCAAUCUGUGCUUCCAUAAUAUCUCAGCGCCUGCAAGUCUUGCUUCAAAUGCUCUCACUGCAAAUCCACCCUUCAAGUCAGAUUAUUUCUUCCCCCUUUCAUCAUUUUCUGUCUAUGAAUAUGAAUGAUGUUUGGUAA